AUGGGUCCAGCAAUACUGAGCCUUGGAUUCUGCAGCUCUUGCCUUCGAGGGAGACUAAAUGGACUGGCAUGGCCCAAAAACUGGCAGCGGGUUACAUGUCAUGGAAUAACUCGGACCAUUUGUUCUGAGACGGGGACAGUGGGAAAAAGCUUUUGGAGUGGAAACCCGAAAAAAAGGGUAGAAAGAUUUUGGCAUCACAGGAUAAAGGACCAGUAUACAAAAAUCAGUGAAGUAGAUAAGACGAAACCAAAGUUUUAUGUAUUGUCCAUGUUUCCAUAUCCCUCUGGAAAAUUGCAUAUGGGGCACGUACGUGUUUACACACUAAGCGACACCGUUGCACGGUUCCAGAAGAUGAGAGGCAUGCAGGUCAUUAACCCAAUGGGCUGGGAUGCCUUUGGACUGCCUGCAGAAAAUGCAGCCAUUGAACGUGGUUUAAGUCCAGACACAUGGACCCAAAGUAAUAUUGAGCACAUGAGGCAACAGCUGGAAAAAAUAGGCCUGUCGUUUAGCUGGGAUAGGGAAAUUACCACAUGUUCAGCCGAUUAUUACAAAUGGACUCAAUAUCUGUUUGUCAAGAUGUACGAAGCUGGACUUGUAUACCAGAAAGAGGCUUUGGUGAACUGGGAUCCCAUGGAUAAGACAGUGCUUGCCAAUGAGCAGGUGGAUGAACAGGGUUGUUCUUGGCGCUCUGGAGCAAAGGUGGAGCAAAAGUAUCUGAAGCAGUGGUUCUUUAAAACUACAGUUUUUGCAAAGACAAUGCAGGACGCUCUGGCUGAUCUACCUGAAUGGUAUGGGGUAAAAAGCAUGCAGGCCAACUGGAUUGGUGAUUGUACUGGCUGCUUCUUUGACUUCAUGUUAAAGGUGGACAAUGUGAAAACCGGAGAAAUUAUUCCGUCUUAUGCUUUCAACCCAGAAGCUAUUUAUGGAGCAUCACACAUUGCAAUAUUACCAAGUCAUAGAUUGCUGCAUGGUGGUAGCAGUGUGAGAGGAGCCCUGCAGGAGUCUUUCACAGCAGGCAAAGAUUGCCUCACUCGUGUAUCUGCAAUAAAUGUAUUUACUAAGCAAGAGCUACCUCUCAUCAUCUCUGAAAAAAAUGAAUUUGAGGGUUAUCUAGACAGUAAAAUUGGUAUUCCAAGCACAAACCUGGAAGAUGGCCUCUUGGCUGACAAGUUGGGUUUGACUUAUACAAGGGUUAUUGAAACACUUAGUGAUGGCACUGAGAGAAUAAUAAACUCAGCAAGGUUCACAGGACUGAGAAGAGAUGAAGCAUUUUGCGCUAUAACCCAACAAGCCCAGGAUGAGGGAGUUGGUGGACACCUGACUAGUGACAAGCUAAGGGACUGGCUCAUAUCAAGACAACGUUAUUGGGGAACACCUAUCCCCAUCAUCCACUGCAAAUCAUGUGGUACUGUCCCUGUACCGUAUGAAGACUUACCUGUGCUCCUUCCCAAAGUGACUUCCUUCACAGGGAAGGGCUCAUCUCCUUUAUCAGCUGUAACAGACUGGGUGAACUGCAAGUGUCCAAGGUGUGCUGGAAAUGCAGUGAGAGAGACAGACACAAUGGACACAUUUGUGGAUUCAGCAUGGUACUAUUUCAGAUAUACAGAUCCCCAUAACUCAGACAGGCCAUUUGAUAAGUCCUUAGCUGACUUCUGGAUGCCCGUUGAUUUGUACAUUGGAGGGAAGGAGCACGCCGUAAUGCACUUAUACUACGCUCGUUUCUUCAGCCACUUUUGCCAGUCCCAGGGCAUGGUGAAGCACAGGGAACCCUUCAAGAAACUCUUGGUACAAGGCCUCAUCAAAGGACAAACAUUUACGCUUGCAUCUUCAGGAAGAUAUUUGAAGAGAAAUGAAGUGGAUCUUAGUGGAGCUGAACCAGUUCAUGCUGACACUGGGGAGAAGUUGCAAGUAAUAUGGGAGAAAAUGAGCAAAUCCAAGCACAAUGGAGUGGAUCCUGAGGAAAUGGUGGAGAAGUAUGGCAUUGACACCACUCGCCUAUAUCUUUUAUUUGCUGGCCCUCCAGAGCAAGAUAUCUUAUGGGAUGUAAAGACCGAUGCAUUACCUGGAGUACAAAGAUGGCAGGCUCGAGUGUGGGCUAUAACCAGCAAGUUUAUUGAAGCCAGAAAGCCUUCAGUUGUUCCUGAUCCCAAGCUUCUUAAUAAGAAUGACAUUGCAGAGGCCCGGAAAAUUUGGCAAAAAAAGAACUAUAUCGUUUCUGAGGUAACCAGUUAUCCAUGGGCCACAAUGGCUUUCACUUUAGUCCAUGUCACACCUCUUUAA